GGAAUUGGUCACGCCGGACGGAAGCUGGGGGGGCGGGGCCGGACGGAGCCUGGAAGGACCCCGGAGGAAAAGCGGAGUCCUUGUGGCUGUGCUGCCCCUCCCCUGGUCCCGGCGCUCCUGGAGGGGCCCGGCCGGGGUGCUGCGAGGGCUCCGGGAGGUUGAAGGCUAAGCAUGGGGAAGAGCUGCAAGGUGGUCGUGUGUGGCCAGGCAUCUGUGGGCAAAACUUCAAUCCUGGAGCAGCUUCUGUAUGGGAACCAUGUAGUAGGUUCUGAGAUGAUUGAGACCCAGGAAGACAUCUACGUGGGCUCCAUUGAGACCGACCGGGGUGUGAGGGAGCAGGUGCGUUUCUACGACACCCGGGGGCUCCGAGAUGGGGCUGAGCUGCCCCGGCACUGCUUCUCCUGCACUGACGGCUAUGUCCUGGUCUACAGCACGGACAGCCGAGAGUCCUUUCAGCGUGUGGAGCUGCUCAAGAAGGAGAUCGACAAAUCCAAGGACAAGAAGGAGGUCACCAUCGUGGUCCUGGGCAACAAGUGUGACCUGCAGGAGCAGCGGCGUGUCGACCCAGAUGUGGCUCAGCACUGGGCCAAGUCCGAGAAGGUGAAGCUGUGGGAGGUGUCUGUGGCCGACCGCCGCUCCCUGCUGGAGCCCUUCGUCUACCUGGCCAGCAAGAUGACCCAGCCCCAGAGCAAGUCUGCUUUUCCCCUCAGCCGCAAGAACAAGGGCAGCGGCUCCUUGGAUGGCUGAAGAGCCGCCAUCCCUUCUCCACCUUCCCAGCCUCAUUCCAGCUGCUGGGACUCUGGAAGAUGUGUCUAGGGGUGGGGUUAGGCAAAGCUGUCCUUCCCAGGCCAGGCAGCUGGGCUCUCCCAGGCUCAGGUCACUUUCGCUCCCUCUCAGCUCGGGGAAGUGCAGAUAAUCUAGGCUAGUCCCCCCCGCCCCAAGCCCCGUCCUGUCCAGCAUUCAUCAUCCCUGUGCUGCUGUGACCUGGGGCAGUUGUGGGUCAGUGUCCCCUACCACGUGCCCUGAGUGGGAAGCAGAACUGCCAUGCAGAAGUGCCCGGUCCAGGCUCUGGUUCCAGUCACGGGGUCCCCUCACCUGUGGGUUUCCUGCUAGGGACAGGCACACACACAUGCGCACACACUCACACUCACGGCACCAGCCUGGACUCUGGAGAAAGGCGUAUGUGUUUGUAGAUGUGUGCAUGCGUGUGCCUGCUGGAGUCCAGCUCUGACUAUCCUCUCCCUGGCUGGAAGAAGCCAGCCUCCUGGGAGGUGUAAUUUUCCGCUUUCACUCUUCCCCUCCUCAGUUGUUUUGCUUCCUCUUCCUGCUCAGGGAGCUCAUGGCCCCUGUUGGCUGAGAUGGGAUGGAGUGAUGGUUGGGCUUCACCAGCUGGCUUUGGGAGCCUGCAAGGACUUUCCCCUCUCUGGGUUUCAGUUUUCUCAUCUGUAAGGUGAUGGGAGUUGCUUAGAUGAUCUUCUGGAUCCUCUCCAGCCCUCAGAUUUUAUCAUGCCUCUGGCUUGGGGCUGGCCGUUACUGUGCCCUUGGCUUCUCCCUCUUCAAGGUGCUAUGCCUCCUGGCCCUGGAGGCUGAGACACUGCUCCCCCCAACCACCAGGGGGCAGGAGUGCCGUGGCCAUCCAGUGUCCAGUCCGCGGACCUCACACCAGUGGGGCCUGGUCUUCACCCCUUCCUGUGGUUGUUUUCAGCUCAGAGCUGGACUUCUAUUUAUAAAUUACUUGUGUUUCUCUGCCUGCUGCCAUGGUGAAGAUUGGACAAGGUGCUCCUCCACCCCUCCUUACCUCAGAUGCCUGAACAGAACAAGGCAAACCAGUAGCAGCUUCUCAGGAGCUGACAGAUCUGUUGGGACUCGGAAGGGUGGUUACACUUGUCACCCACAACUUCCUGUGUCCACGUCAUGCUCCUCGUGUGCACACCCAGCAUAGCUGAGACACGGGAGCCAGUGACCUCUAGUACACGCCUCUUCUCCCCAAGAGUAGGGCAGCCUGCCCAAGGCUGGGCGAGUUGAGGUAGGGCAUAUACAGACUCGGGCUUGAAUUCAUUUAUUGAUGCAUUGGACACAAUAAAAUCACAACUGUUAUCAAAAA